ACACUGCGAAGCGUACAAGAGCUAUCAAAGUUUGUUGAUUGAAAAUUCGUCUAAAGUCUAAAGUUGUACCAGUAAAAGAAGAAAAUGUCGAGUGCUAAAAUUUUUUCCGCAAUGAUCGUUUUGUUUAUUCUUAUCACAAUGCCGUACAAUCUGGAAGGGAAGCCAAAACUACACACAAAAGACAAGGGUAUCACCCUUCCAAUAUUGCCAUCAGCUGUGAACAAGAGCUGGUGUAGGAGCGCUUUAUUCAAGGAGCGCAUCACGGAACCUGGCUGUGAAUCCAAACUCGUUUAUAACAGGUUUUGCUACGGUCAGUGUACGUCAUUUUACGUCCCGCGAUUUCCACUGGCCAGCUUUCGCACGUGCAACGCAUGCGUGCCUGUCGUGACAGAGAAACGGUUCAUCCGAAUGAAAUGCCCUGGAAGAAAAAAUAAAGUCCACAUGAGGGAAAUUAUGCUGGUAAAAUCCUGCCGCUGUCGAGCUGACAUUUGGGCUAAUACAAAAUCAAAAGGGAAAAAACCUACUUAAACAACUGGGUAUAAUAAACUACGGCUUGGUAUGAACUGAUCACUGGUCCCAGUGCCAGUGGAUCACAACUUUUGAUCUGAAAUUUCCAUUACGCUAGCGUAGCUAUAUCGUUAUCGUGUUUUUAUAAAUGAACGUAAAACGUCUCAGUGAAAAUUGACGAAAAGACCAGCUUUAAUAAACAUUAAAUUAAGUUUGCAGUAUUGAAUACAACUACACAGUCAUGCAUUGGUGCAUAUAUUCCUGCUAUCAGAAAUAUUGUUCGUGAGUAAAAUAAUAUAAUAAAUCCAAAAUGAACUUGAUGUAUAUAUAGUAGUAAAAAUAUAGAGAGAAUAU